UCUUUAAAUUUUGAGUAUAAUUUCUGCAAGAUCUGAACUGGGUUGAGCUAGCAUCUUCUUCUUCUGAAGUGGGUCUGCUUCUCCAUGAUAUAGAGCUCUGAUCGAGUGUCUGACAGAAGCCAGCCAGCCCUUCGGCAUAGCGUAGCUCAGAAGCAAAAAUCAAAUCUCUCCAUCUCAAAAGCAACCAACAACGCCAUCAUAUUCUUCGUAUUCUUCUUCUCGCAAAGCAAAGCCCUUUAUAUAAGCCCAAAUCCAGAGCCUCCCCACUUGCUCCACUCAAACCACAGAGCACCGCACAGGCCGGCCCAUCGGAGAUUCCAUUGCCAGGCGGAACUUCUUCAAGAUGGAGAGCAGCCUGUCGUCGUCGGAGGCGAUCACCGGCCAGAUUGGGCUGGUGUGGGAGCAGGCCAAGGCGCCGGUGGUCGUGCCGGCGCUGAGGUUCCUGGUCGUCGUGUGCCUGGCAAUGUCGGUGAUGCUGUUCGUGGAGAGGGUUUAUAUGGGCAUUGUCAUAUUCCUGAUAAAGCUGUUGAGGAGAAAGCCUCAGAAGCAGUACAAAUGGGAGGCCAUGAAAGAAGAUUUGGAGCUUGGCAAUUCGGCUUUCCCCAUGGUUCUGGUUCAAAUUCCCAUGUACAAUGAGAAAGAGGUUUAUCAGCUGUCAAUUGGAGCUGCAUGUGGGCUUUCAUGGCCGUCAGAUAGGAUCAUAAUUCAAGUUCUUGAUGACUCAACAGACCCAGUAAUCAAGGAUCUGGUGGAGAGAGAGUGCCGAAGAUGGGCAAGCAAAGGAAUCAACAUGAAGUACGAGAUAAGAGACAACAGGAACGGGUACAAAGCGGGGGCUCUCAAGGAAGGAAUGAAGCACAGCUACGUCAAGCACUGCGACUAUGUCACCAUCUUCGACGCCGAUUUCCAGCCCGACCCCGAUUUCUUGUGGCGCACCAUUCCCUUUCUCGUUCACAACCCCGAGAUCGCACUCGUUCAAGCUCGCUGGAAAUUCGUUAAUGCCGAUGAAUGCUUGAUGACAAGAAUGCAGGAGAUGUCAUUGGAUUACCAUUUCACAGUAGAGCAAGAAGUUGGUUCAGCAACCCAUGCGUUCUUCGGGUUCAAUGGGACUGCCGGGGUCUGGAGAAUUUCAGCCCUCAACGAGGCUGGAGGAUGGAAGGACCGUACCACGGUGGAGGACAUGGAUCUGGCUGUCCGAGCUAGUCUUAAAGGCUGGAAGUUUGUUUAUGCCGGCGAUCUCAAGGUGAAAAAUGAAUUGCCAAGUACUUUCAAAGCCUACCGGUAUCAGCAGCACCGAUGGUCUUGUGGCCCUGCUAACCUCUUCAAGAAAAUGGCAAUGGAAAUAGUAAAGAACAAGAAAGUCUCUCUCUGGAAGAAGUUCUAUUUGAUCUACAGCUUCUUCUUUGUUAGGAAGAUUGUUGCCCACAUCGUCACCUUCGUUUUCUACUGUGUUGUCUUGCCUGCAACUGUGUUUGUCCCCGAAGUUGAGGUUCCGAAAUGGGGUGCUGUCUACAUUCCUUCUACUAUUACCCUCCUCAAUGCAGUUGGAACUCCAAGGUUUCUCUUUCAAAAUUCUUUCUCCCCAAAUUGCUUAAAUCAAAAGCAUACGUCCAAAUUUAAGCCGAACUCACAUAUUCAAUCUUGCAGGUCAUUGCAUUUACUGGUUUUCUGGAUCCUCUUCGAGAAUGUCAUGUCCUUGCAUAGAACAAAGGCUACGUUCAUAGGCCUGCUCGAGGCAGGGAGAGUUAACGAAUGGGUUGUUACCGAAAAAUUGGGGGAUGCUCUCAAGAUGAAGACAGCUGCCAAAGCAUCCAAAAAGCCUCGAAUCAGAAUUGGAGAAAGACUUCAUCUUUUGGAGCUACUUGUCGGCAUCUAUCUGUUCUCUUGUGGAUGCUAUGAUGUCGCAUUUGGGAAGACCCACUACUUCAUCUACCUCUUCCUCCAAUCGAUAGCCUUCUUUGUCGCGGGAUUUGGCUACAUUGGCACAUAUGUUCCCAACUCUUAACAGCAACGCACUUCACCUUCCAUCGCAACAAUAUAUAGAUCGAAUUCUUGAGGAGAACCUUUCAAUUCAAAUUACUAGAUAGUUGAAACAAAAAGAUUGUGAUUCUUUUUCCUUUUAAGAAUAGGAAGUGUAUGAGAGAAAGAAGGAUGUUGUUUUGGCAAAUAAGCUAUCUAGGAAGUAAGUUUACUGUAAACAAAUAUGCCACAAAUGGCCUGUGAAUCCCUUUGUAAACAUGGUGAAAAUGGAAUUCAUUGUUUGUAAUCUCUAGUUCUUUUGUUGCUCCGAGAUGAAUAAAAUGGUGCAAGGAAGAAUUACAAGGGUGUUAUGAUAUCUCUGUCUU